AUGGCUGCAAAACUAGAUAGCUUACUUUCUAACACUGUGUGUGAGAAGCCGUUGCCAUCACGUCCGCGGCACGCGAGGUUACAAAACCUGUUUCCACCUCCACUCAGGGCGCAGGAGCUCCUAUCUCCUCCAUCUAUACCAUCACCGGCUGUAGAAGAGAGAGUAGCCGCACCAAAAUUUGCAUCGUUAUCUUCAACUAGCUCUACUGUAAUACCGCCCCCACUAGCUUUGAGACAGCGGCCAUAUCUAGACCAGAAGCUAGUACGUGGUCCAAUAUUAGAAGCGAGGUUAGCUCAAUUAGAGCUUGAGAACAUGAACCUACGUCAGGCGAAUAAGUUGCUGUACCAACAGAAUUCCAGCUGCCUCGACCUAUUACAAGGAUAUAGGAUGAACCACAAGAAACUUAGUGACAGCAUGUCUCGUAUAACUUGUAGCGUGGAUGUUUUAGAACUGCUAAAUAAGACUGUUCAAGCUGAUACAAAGGUAUACCAGGAUAAUAUUCGAAGAUCUGAGAAGGAGGCAGUUAGAGACUGGCAGAGGUUUGUAUGCACAAGUAAGAGCGAAGGAAUGGAAAUAGAUAAGGUUCUUACAGAGAUAGCAAAAGAUCAUGACAUAGAGAUUACUGUAUAG